GUUGCGGCAUUCUGCUCUCGCACGUGACCGUUGGGCGUCUACACCCUCCCGGUCUUGUGCCUCCUCCCCGGCCCCGGGGCCUGACGGUCCGAGUGGGGCCGCAGGACAGCUCCAGUCUCCCCGGGCUGUGGCCUCGGCCCGCGAUGGCGCUGCUGGACGCGCUCUUCUGCAGCCUGUUGGUGGCCCAUCUGGGCCAACCCGGCCUCGGACUGCCCCUGGCGCCCGCCCGCGGCCAGAGUCCCGCUCCGGCGGCGGGACAGUUCUGGCAUGUGACUGACUUGCACUUGGACCCUACUUACCACAUCACAGAUGACCGCACCAAAGUGUGUGCUUCAUCCAAAGGCUCAAAUGCCUCCAAUCCUGGCCCUUUUGGAGAUGUUAUGUGUGAUUCUCCAUAUCACCUUAUUUUGUCAGCAUUUGAUUUUAUAAAACAUUCAGGACAAGAAGUGUCUUUCAUGAUAUGGACAGGGGAUAGCCCACCUCAUGUUCCAGUCCAUGAACUCUCAACGGACACAGUCAUAACGGUGAUUGCUAAUAUGACGACCACUGUCCAGAGUCUCUUUCCAGAUCUCCAGGUUUUCCCUGCACUGGGUAAUCAUGAUUAUUGGCCGCAGGAUCAGCUGCCUUCAUUCACCAGCAAGGUGUACAAUGCAGUAGCAAACCUCUGGAAACCAUGGCUAGAUGAAGAAGCUAUUCAGACUUUAAGGAAAGGUGGCUUUUAUUCACAGAAAGUUUCAACUAAUCUGAACCUUAGGAUCAUCAGUCUAAACACAAACUUGUACUAUGGCCCAGAUAUUGUGACCCUGAAUAGGAGUGACCCAGCAAAUCAGUUUGAAUGGCUAGAACAUACACUGAAUAUCUCUCAGCAAAAUAAGGAGAAGGUGUACAUCAUAGCGCACAUCCCCGUGGGGUACUUGCCCUACUCCACGCGCAUUACAGCCAUGAGAGAAUUCUACAAUGAGAAACUGGUAGAUAUUUUUAGAAGAUACAGCAAUAUCAUUGCAGGACAAUUUUAUGGACACACUCACAGAGACAGCAUCAUGGUUCUUUCAGAUAAAAAAGGAAAUCCAAUAAAUUCUGUGUUUGUGGCUCCAGCUAUUACCCCGGUGAAGGGUGCUUUACAAAAACAGACCAAUAACCCUGGUCUCAGACUAUUUCAGUAUGAUCCUCAUGAUUAUGAAUUAUUGGAUAUGCUGCAGUAUUACUUGAACCUGACAGAUGCUAAUCUAAAGGGAGAGUCCAACUGGAAGCUGGAAUACAUCCUGACCCAGACUUAUGACAUUGAAGAUUUGCAGCCGAAAAGUUUGUAUGAAUUAGCUAAGGAAUUUGCAACCCCAGACAGUAAGAAAUUUAUAAAAUACUAUAAUUACUUCUUUGUGAGUUAUGACAACAGUGAAGUUUGUGAUGAGAAAUGUAAGGCCUUUCAAAUUUGUGCAAUUAUGGCUCUUGAUCAUAAUUCCUAUGAAGAUUGCCUCAAACAAUAUUAUUAUAUAAGGCACAGUCUAUAGUAUUUCACAACUUGUGUUCAUGGAAAAUGUAACAUUUUGUGCCUGAGAUCAGUUUGUGGAAAUUGUUACAUAAAUCUUCCUGAAUUACUGAGUGGGCAAACAAAAUUCCUUUCUUUGUUUUCUUUUUUAUGAUGUUCAAAUGUACAUAUUUUGAAUAUUCUAAAUUUGUAUUCCAUUGAAUAUAUUUAAACUGCCCAUUACUAGAAUGAUGUCUGGAUGUUAAUUUUCUAUCUUCCAGUUAUAUAAUUAUAUUUAAUUUAUGCCCUUUUUGAAAUUGCCAUUUUUCCAUUAAAGCAAAUGACUUCUUCCUAA